CUACAUAAUAUAGUUUAACCACCCUUCCAAGCAAUUUUUUAUUUUACGUGUGGAAAUGUCACGGGAUGUCUCCCAGGAAUCCGUGGUCACGCAAUUUGACAGACGUAUUGGUUUCUUGGAGAAUGAAUUAUCUAAAAAAGAUGAAAUGAUAAAAUCAUUAAAAAUUUCAAAUGAAAUUGGACUAAAGGAAUUAAAUCAAAUCAAAAUCGAACUGUCUAUUGCCAAAUCGUACAUCAACAGUCUCCCUACUAUAGAAGAAGUUGGCAAACUUAAGAAUGCCCUAUCUGACCUGAAUGACGAAAAAAGGCAACUUACUCACGAUCUCUGUACUCUCAAAGAAUUGAAUGCAGAGUUAGCCUCAAAAAUUUCUGCUUUGCAUAAAAAAGGGAUUGAAAAUAAAACUGAGCUUCAAUAUAAAGCAGCUGAGGCUGAUGCUCUCAAGUACACAAUUAAACUUUGGGAGAACAGGAGAAGAGCUGCACAACAAGCAGGCCAUGUAACUGUUGAAGAUGUCAUGUCAGAUAAAAUGAAGCUAGAAGAACAAUUCCAAGAUAUGUUAAAAAUAGCAGCAUGUCGGGAGCAGUUUUUUAAAGCAAGGAUUGACAAAAUGAAGGACAAAGUGGAGAAACAUAAGCAUACGCUCGAUACACAGAUAGAAAUAUGUACCGCAUUACAGGCUAAGACUGAACGAUUUAAAGCCGAAUCAGAAGAAAUUCGAUUAGAAAAUAAAAAGCUAAAAGAGACCACGGAGAAAUUGGAAAACAACUUUGCUGACCUUGCUGUAGAAAUCGGAGAACUUAAGGCGGUUGAAGUCAGUCGGAAGAAAACCGAUGGUGACGUACGACAGUGCAUCGUAGAAAUUUCAAAAUGCCAGAAAGCUGCUAGAAGAUUAAUUGCAUUCAUUAACAACGCUAUAAGCAAACAAUUCCUAGAUCCUACUUUACUCUUCUCCUCGUGUGACGAUGAUUCGGAACACGAAAUUGAAGAUUAUGAAAAUCUGCAUACAAGUGUUCAAAUUCGGCUGAAUGAAAUUGAAGUUCUAAACAAGCACAUAAAGGAUUGCCAGAAAAUGAUCACAGAUAUUUACGUCUCUAAACUCAGUACGCUUGGGGAUAGCCAGUGCCAAAUUCAAUGAUCGAAUUUUCCGAGUUGGCCUACAAUA